AUGAAGCACAGAGUCGUUUUGGUGAAUGGCGGCGUAGAAAGAAACAUAGCAGCAAUCCACGGAAUGGGGGACGAGCUGGUUCCGCCCUUGAAGCUUGUUCGCGACCCAUCUUUGGUGCUUCCUGACGAGGAGCCGGUGCCUGCAAACGCAGUGAGAAUGACGCGGAAGAAGGCCGAAAUAGUGGAGUACCAGGAGCCUGAGGACAUCCAGAUGCACGAAGAGGAGAAGAUUCCGUGGAUGCUGGAGGACAGCGAGCAGCGGGCGUUUGUGGGGAGAAAGACCCAGAUAAAGGUCACCGAAGACUCAAAAAGCGCAUACUAUGCGAUGGUCCGGGAGAAAAAUGACAUAAAGCUGUACAAAAUAAGCAAAUGGUACAAGUUUUCUCCCAAAAUACAGUAUGAGACGCUCAGCCUGGAGGAGGCCGAGGAAAAGCUCCAGAAAAGGUCUGCCAGAGACAUGAGCGCCGAAAAAGAGCCGCGGAAGGGCGAGACGGACGAGUACAAAGAGGAUGAGCUCGAGUACAAAGAGGUGUUUGACGACGACGACGGGGAGAUAGACCUGGAGAGAGUUGAAAAAAAGAAAAAGAAGCGUCUGGACUCCGCAGGGAAGGAUCUAAAAAAGCUGGUAAAGAACUACGAAAAGUUCGAGUCUGAAUCCUCAAACGCGUCCUCAGACGAGGCCGAGUUGGAAGAGGUCCAUAAAGAAGUAACAGAACUGGACGUGAAGAUGCACCUGUACGCAGGGCCCAUUUCCAUUAAAAACCUGAUCGAGAAGUUCAAAAUGCGGUUCAAGGCCAACCCAAAGUCAAAAGAAACUUUCAGGGCCCUUAUAAAAAAGAUGUGUGUAAUUAAAACAGACCAAACAACGGGGGAAAAGGUUUUAGUUCUUAAGGAAAAUGAAGAGUAA